AUGUCCAGAUAUAUACCUCUACAAGCUGGAGCAUCUACAUUCGUCAGACUGCCAAGAGACAUCACACUCAAACGCGCAGUCUUGAACAUUAAGAACCACGACGAGUACUGCUUUCUCUGGUGUGUUGUGGCGGCAACCCACGAAGCUCACACUGGACAUCCGGAGAGGGCAGCAUCGUACCCUCAUUACAGCAGCGUACUUCAGUAUGAAGGUAUUGAUUUUCCUAUUACCCCCAAAGAUAUACCGAAAUUCGAAACAUGCUUAAAUCACUUCAAAACAGAAAUAUCUUUCAAUAGUCACAAUGAUGACUGUUUCAAAUUAAAUAAAGUCCGUAUGAAAUUUCCUACUAAUGAAAACAAAAUAUUAAAAUUUAAAAAUUAUCGUAAUAAAGACUCGGUACCGUUUGUUGUCUACGCAGACUUAGAGUGUACACUAGAGCCUCAGGGGGAUGAUGAAAUUCAAAAACAUGUUCCACACAGCAUUGCAUUUUAUCGUCACUGUAAUUAUUACAAUAAUUUGUCAAAAUUUGAAAUUAAUCGAUCAUCUGAUUGCGUAAAGUGGUUUGUAAAUAAACUUGAAAAUUUUGCUAUUGAAGUUGAGCAGUACUUAAAAAAUCCUAUACCUAUGAAACCACUUGACAAACAGCAACAAAAGAGUCAUGAUCGGUCAACUGUUUGUCAUAUUUGCGAAAAAACAAUAGUCUCCGAUAAGGAUAAAUGCUAUGAUCAUUGCCAUUUUACGGGUAACUAUCGCGGACCUGCACACAUCUCAUGCAAUUUAAAUUAUCCGAAAUCCCAUGUAAUACCAGUAGUAUUUCACAAUUUAUCUGGGUAUGAUUCGCAUUUCUUAAUUAAAUCAUUAGCAACAGCUUUUGAAGGUAACGUUACAUUAUUGCCAAUUAAUAAAGAACGAUAUAUAUCAUUUUCAAAGUCAAUUGAUAAUAUAUCCGUAUCUUUACGCUUUAUCGAUUCAUUUAGAUUCAUGGCAUCAAGUUUAGAAAAAUUGGCAUCUUAUCUUGAUGAUGACAAUAAAAAAAUUACAAAACUCCAUUACCCAGAUCCGGAAAAAUUUCAAUUAGUUACUCGCAAGGGUGUAUUCCCAUAUGAAUAUAUUACAAACAUUGAUAAGCUUAAUGACAAACAGUUACCCGAUCAAAACUCAUUUUUUUCAAAAUUAUCUAAUAAUGAUCCGCUGCACUACUAUACAGCACCCGGAUUAGCUUUCGAUGCAAUGCUGAAAUACACCAAUGUGGAACUUGAACUGUUGACUGACCCCGAAAUGGUACUUUUCAUUGAGAAAGGUAUACGAGGUAGAGUGUCUCAGUGUACUAAUAGGCAUGCGAAGGCCAACAAUCGGUACAUGGGUAAUGAAUUUGAUGUAAAUAAACCCGAGUCAUAUUUGAUGUACUUCGACGUGAAUAAUUUGUAUGGUGCGGCAAUGAGUAUGCCACUACCCAAAGGCUCAUUUGAGUGGGUAGAUGAAAAUGAUUUAAAUGAUGUAGAUAACUUUGUAAAUACCAAUGAUACUGUAGGAUAUAUUUUAGAAGUAGACUUGCACUAUCCUCAGGAGCUACAUGAGCUACACAAAGAUUUACCAUUGUGCCCUGAGCACUUUUUACCCCCAGAUUUAGGUAUGAAAUUAAAAAAAAUUCAUCGUAUACUCAAAUUUGAGCAAUCCCCAUGGCUAAAGACAUACAUCGACAAGAAUACAGACUGUAGGAAGGCUGCCCAAAAUGAGUUUGAGAAGAAUUUCUUCAAACUCAUGAAUAACGCAGUCUUCGGUAAGACUAUGGAGAAUGUUAGAAAACACAAAUAUGUUCAAUUGGUUACUAGAUGGUCUGGUCGAUAUGGUGCAUCAGACCUCAUUUAUUUAUCAAAAAUAUUUAUUUACGAUUUCCACUAUAACUAUGUCAAACAGAACUUGAAAAAUCAACAAUCUAAGUUGAUGUAUACGGACACUGACAGUUUAAUUUACCACUUUACCGUACCAGACAUCUACGAAAUCAUGAAACGUGAUAUUUCAAAAUUCUAUACCUCGGACUACCCCCCUCAAAACUCGUACAAUAUGCCGCUAGCAAACAAAAAGAUCCCAGGUCUGAUGAAAGAUGAGAAUAAUGGGAAAAUUAUGACUCAUUUCAACGGACUUCGGGCCAAGCUAUACGCUUAUAAAAUUUUAAACGACGAUGAAACCAAAAAACGAGCAACGGGAAUCCGAGGUCCUACGUUGCGAACUAUCACGUUUGAUGUUUUCGAUAGAUGUCUUCGCGAUUAUAUUAACUUGACGAAAAAACAGUACUUAAUUAAAAGUUCUAAACAUGACGUGACGACAGUAGCACAGUACAAAAUUGCCUUAAGCUGGACAGAUGACAAACGACAACUUUUGGAUAACUCGACUGACACUUUACCAUGGGGAUUUAAAUCAAAUGAUGACGAUAAAAAUGAUGAUGAUAACGAUGAAAAUAUAUAA